AGGGCCGCUCCCUCAAACGGGGCGCUCGCGGCCGCCCCGCGCAUGCGGGCUGGAGCCCCGCGGGGGCGGCGUCCCCGAAGAGGCCGCGGGUGGCGGACGCUGUAGCGGCCCGGGUUGCCAUGGAGCGGGAGCGCCGGCUCCGCGCUCCCUGCGCCGGGAAGGCGCCGAGGAAGAAGCGCCGCUCGUCCCCUCUACCGGGAGCGGUCGCUCUCCCGGACAGCCGGGCCGGCGGCUUCCAGAUGUGCCGGCGGCGCCUGUUCGCCAGCGCGGGGCCUCGCGGGCCCGAGCCCGCCUGCCUGAAGAAAAAGUUCAGUGGGAAAAACUUAGCAAAGAUUAAAGAAAAUGUUGAAUAUACUGAAGAGAGCUCCUCAUGCAACCAAAGCAAUCAAGUGACUGGAGACGAAACAAUGGACUUCAAGAUGAAAGAAGAGGAACCAGAAGAAAGCAGUGUGCCAUUGAAGAAUUCCAAAAAAAUCAACUUUGAAAAUAAAGGAAGUUUGAAAAAUGCUGAAGUGACUUCCAGUACAGAAAUUACUCUUCCCACAGGUGUUUCCACCUUUCUCAUAGAGUGUUUAGAUGAAGAUUCAGCUCCAGAUUUUAGCACUGCUAGCGACAGUCUGAAAACUUACUCAUCCCCUGAAACGUUCAGAGAUGAUGAUGAUGAUGAUUUGGAAAGAUGCAAUUUUUACUCUGUGGACCUUGGCAAGUACAAGAACUCUACUCUCCUGGACUCCAGCAAAGCAGUGACCAUUGAUAAGAUACCACAGAUGUCAAAUCUUUCAGCAAUAUUAGAACCUGUACCAGAGGAUUUUCCAGACCGACGCACUAAAAGAAAGAGACGAUCAAGUUGCUAUAACAGUUCUUCAGCAUUAAGCAUUUCAGCUACGCUGGCAGGAAAAAAACUCUGUAAAAUAACAGCUGCAAGAGAGAGAACUCCAGACCUAAAAAGUGGUAUGCGCUGUUCUUCACCAUUAGGACCGGAAAGCAAGUAUGAUAAUCAAGCAGCUAAAGCCAAAAGGCUGAAGAAAAAAGAAAGCAGUUUUAAUCCCUUUGAAGAACGUUCAUCAUCAUUUAGGCAGCUUGAUGCCCCAGAAAACACGUCAGCCCGAUCAAAGGGGUUGACAGCAGAAGUUCUGCCAACCAAACCCACAGAUGCUGUGGUGCAAAUGACUUCCACCAUGCUAAUCAUGGAGGAAAAUAAAGUGCUAAAAAAUCCUGGUAAUGCUCAGCCUCUAGAGCUAGAUCUUAGCCUGUCGCCAGUGUGUAAAGCCUCACCUGGGGAAGACCUGUUCCUGAAUACCACAGGUCCGUUUGUUAACUCAGAAGAAAUUGUUCCUGCAUCUCUGAGCUCAGAAAAAGAAAUGAUUCCUCAAAGUCCAGAAGAAAAAAAUAUUUUAAAGCCUCUGUGUGACAGACGAGAGAUCUGCUCCAUUGUUAGAAUGUCACCAGAGCUGAGGCCUUCCCAGCUGCUUCAAGUUCCAGUUAACUCCAAAAAGUUCUGCCUUCCCAAAAGACUGCCUGAAGAUACUAUAACAAGUACCAAAAUUUGGGACUACUGUAAACAGAGAUGAGAUUUUUGGCUCUCAAGAGGAGUUAACAGAAGAAAUGACCAUCUUGCUGCUGUGACAGGGUGGUAAAACAGAACUCCUAAGUAGUUAAUAAUGGUUGUAUGCUGUUUGAAAUUUGUAAAUUUCAAAGUAGUAAAUAAUGGUUGUACGCUGUUUGAAAUAAUAUUACAUGUUUCAGUAAGCUAGUAAAUUCUCAAAUACUUUAUAAUAAAUUAUUUUGUACAGCAGCUAGAUCCUGUUUUGGGCAUUAUUCUGUAAGGAUUCCAUAAAGAUGAUUCUUCAGUUUGUUUAGAUUUUUAAAAAGUUUGACUGAAGAACAGCAGACCAAUUCCUUUAAUAGAAUUACUUUUGGCUCUCUCUCUGCCAAGAUUUGUAGUUUUUUCUAGCUGCAUUAGCAUCUAAAGAUGGGACCUCUGUUUAAGUGUUAACAUUGACUGUGAAGGUAACUGCAUGUCCUGGGAGUGGCCAUGAAAGCAUUCAUGUACUCUUGGAGACCCAGAAGUCAAUAGUAUGCCACCAAUAAACUCCUUGAAUGCUUAGGUCUUCAGAACUUUGGAGGUACAGAACUGUGAGUUCUGCUGUAAUUUGAUUUCUGAUCAUGACUACAGGUCAUCUUCACCCCAUCAUCACUGAGAAUUGGCUCUUAAUGAUCAGCACUGUCACCAUUCUGGGCACAUCCACUGCCCAGCCACUGCCAUCUCAGAGUCCUUCUUGCUUCGACUCAGGUAUUUUGUAAUAUCACAUCUCUCAGUCAUUGUUUCUUCUAGUGGCUUCAGACUUAGAGAAAGUAAAUGCCUUACAUGAACACAAUGGUGGGAAGAACCCUUUUAUAUCUAAACUGUUUGAAGAGAUGGAUAUUGACAUUCUGGAUUUUCAGGUUACUGCUCACACUGUACCCACAUAAGUUGAAUUCCCAGCGCUUCCAGUUCAGGUUGUGGAUUGUUAAUUAAUAAAUGUUGUUCUUAAUGUGC